GACCGGUUGCCGUCCUCACUCUGUGCCCGCUCAUAGCUGCCGGUGGGGCGGAUCAGUACUCGUCGACCAGUUGGUUUCAAAGCACCGCCGCAGUGUGAUAGACCGUCGUGUUUGUGAAACGUAGAUCGACGCUUUGAUUUGCUGGUGUUAUCUCUGUACCCGCAUCCUUCUGCACGAUGGGAGAGCGAGAACACCUAGUAUAUCAGGCCAAACUUGCUGAACAGGCAGAGCGAUAUGACGAGAUGGUGGAGUCUAUGAAGAAGGUGGCGGGCAUGGACGUGGAGCUCACAGUCGAGGAGAGGAAUCUUCUAUCAGUGGCCUAUAAGAAUGUGAUCGGAGCUCGGAGAGCCUCGUGGAGGAUAAUCAGCAGUAUUGAACAGAGAGAAGAGAGCAAGGGUGGAGAGGAGAAGCUGAAGAUGAUCCGGGAAUACAGGCAAACGGUGGAAAAGGAAUUGAAGUCUAUCUGUGGGGAUAUUCUGGAUGCACUGGAUCGGCACCUACUCCCCUCUGCAGCCAUGGGAGAGUCGAAGGUCUUCUACAAUAAAAUGUAG